AAAAAAAAAAAAAAAACAGAAUCGCUACAGAAGAAAGAAGUUCAAAGCUUCCCCCCGUUUGUUUCUCCGAUUAGCUGCUGAGUAGAGUACGAAACAGUACCGUACCGUCUCCAGUUCCCGUUAGUUACUUCGAUUGCAAACGGUGGAGGGAUUUCCGGAGGUCCAGCGCAGAACCAAGUGGGUGUAUGGCGAUGACGAUUGAAGGAGGGGGUGGAGGGACAUUGUCGGCGAUUUAUCAGAGCGCGAAGAAGCUGCUACUGAAAGCUCGCGACGGGAUCGAGAGAGUAGAGCGGCUUGAGAGCUCUACCUCUAAUGGUGGAUUGGAUUCUCCCGAGCUUUCUUUCGCCGUCAAGAAGGAUAUCUCUCAGAUCCAAUCCCUUUGCGCCGAGAUGGAUCGUCUCUGGCGCUCAAUAGCUUCCAAACCUCAACGCGAUCUAUGGAAAAGAAAGGUGGAACAAGUAGCAGAGGAGGCUGAAUCAUUGAAAGAAAGCCUGGAUAGAUACUUUGCGAGGAAUCAAAGACGGAUGAAGGAGGCACAAGAAAGAGCAGAAUUGCUUGGGAGAGCGAAUGGGGAGUCUUCUCACGUGUUGAGAAUAUUUGAUGAGGAAGCGCAGGCAAUGCAAUCAGUCCAAAACUCUAAACGGAUGCUGGAGGAUUCUUUGUCCACAGGAUCAGCUAUCCUUACAAAAUAUUCAGAACAAAGAGAACGCUUGAAGAGGGCGCAACGGAAAGCUUUGGACGUGCUCAACACGGUUGGGCUGUCAAACUCUGUGUUGAGGCUGAUUGAAAGGCGGAACCGAGUGGAUACAUGGAUCAAGUACUUUGGAAUGGGUGUUACUAUCGUCAUUUUGUAUUUCUUCAUAUCUUGGAGAGGUUGAACUGGAAUCUCUCUCGUUCUUGUUCUUCCUCCCACUUUCUUUCUUUCAAUAUCUGGCUUACAUAGAAACCCAUUUUGCAUCCAUAGGAAGAAAGAAUGAAUUUGUAAGACCUCAUUGAAGACAUGGAGUGACGGAAAGAUGUACAUGCAUAGAGUCGUGUUACAUAUUACAACUAAGAAAGGGGGUCUUGCAUUUUUUUUAAAACUUGGUGUGUACUUGAACCUGUAGGCUGUAGGCUGUAGUCAACAAAGAUGUAUUGGGUUGGAGUUAAAUGAAGGUAUAUGCAUUAUUAAUAGUUUAGAUUGGGUCCAAUUAGGG